AUGCCACUCAAGUACACACCAAAGAUGUGCAUGGUGCCGAAGGUUGAGCAGAUCACCACGCCAAACAAAAAUGUGCAGAGCUACUUUAUGAGAAGUGACACAUCGUACUAUGUUGACGAGGGACACAGGAUGGCGAGCUACAGAACGGAUGAGCCGAUUGUCCAUGUGUUAGUGUAUGGACGACGACUUAUUGUGGAGAGUAUGGCCGAGAGCAUUGAUAUUGAUGGGUUUUUUGAUCUUGUGAACAUCAGCACAGAAAGGUUUGCAAGCCUGGAGGAGGGGCUAGGAUGGCUUGGGAACCGUGUUGUAGCAGCAGCAGGAAGACUUGGGAUUGAUCCAAAGAGGUCGUUUGUGUCGGUUGUAUUUCAUGAUCUGCUGAGCAGGACCGAGAUUUUGGGGCUGUGCAAUCUGUUUAUCAAUCUUCUGUCGUUCAAGGGGGUGCUGGUGACGCCUUACAGCCUGUCUCAGGCGAUAUGUGUGGUUUGCCCAAGCUGUGUGGUGGUCAACAUGUAUGAGACGUACUGCACAGUGAGUCUUAUUGAGGACUUCUGGGUUGUUGAUGCGAUGUGUGUGAGUGAGAAAAUCAGCAAAGGAUUUAUGCUGCAGGAUUCUGUGGACUUUGUGGAUGAGUUCAACAAGGUGCGAAUAUUUGAGGAGAAGAAUAUAUACUGGUGUGAUUUGUGUGAUCAGAAGGGAGAGUGCUUGGAAGUAAUGAGACAGCAUUUUGAUGAGAUGCAUGCAAGCAGUGCAGAGUGUCAUGCAGGAAGGGAUGAUCACUUUAGGAUGCACAUAAUGAAGUAUGAGGAGAGUGGAGAUCUGUGCAGCCGGAUUUAUGCAAGGCUGGGGUAUGUUCUAACGAAGGAGAAGAUCAAGAAGAUAGGCAGCAAGGUGAUGGUGAUUAAGCACCAUGAAUGUGAGGUGCCUGAGGAAGAAUUGGGUGCAUGCUUAGAAAGGCUUGGGACGCAUACGGAGAUUGUUGUAUAUGAAGAGCCGAUGGAUGAGGCGAUUCUUGGCGUCAUGGAAAGGUUUUCGAAUCUUGACUGCAUCAAAGAAGUGUGGAUGACAGACAAGGAGUGGAACAGUGUUGGGUUGCGUGUAUUGAAGGAGAAGGUUCUGUUUGUGGUAUAA